GCCGGGGGCGGGAGAGGCGGAGGUACGUGCGGGCCGGCGCGCGCCGUGCUGGGGCCGGGCUGGAAACUGAGGCCCCGCGGGAAAGAGGAAGAGGCUUCCUGCAUCCCGCUCCGCCUGCUGCGGCUCAGGUGACCUUGGGCUAAACGUGACUAGUUCCUUCAAUUUCUCUGAUGAUGUGGACUUAUUGCUCUCCACCUUCCUGUUUGCCCUGCUCUAGACACCCUCCAACUUAUCAGUGCCGUCCUGAAAAUGUUCAAGAUGAGAACCGGGCCACAGGUUCCCUGCCUCUGCUCUAGAACCACAGACUCCCAAGAUUUGAAAGGAACCUCACUGAUCAUCUUGUAAUCCCUUCCCUGAAACAUGUCCUAAUGGGUGUGAGCAAGUUAGAUGUUUUUUACCGACGGCUUCUCCUCACAAAGCUUUUCAUCAGAGGAUGGGGAAGGCCUGAAGAUCUGAAACGACUAUUUGAAUUCAGAAAGAUAAUUGGUAAUCGAGAAAAAUGCCAGAACAUGGUUUCAAGAGAUUAUCCAGUGUACAUUGACAAGAUUGAAGAAGAGACUGACUGUAAAAUUCUUGAAGGACAUUUUGUUUCUCCAAUGGCUCAUUAUAUUCCUGAUCUCAUGCCCAUUGAAUCUGUUAUUGCCAGGUUUCAAUUCAUUGUACCUAAAGAAUGGAGCAGUAAAUACAGACCCGUGUGCAUCCAUCUUGCUGGAACAGGAGAUCAUCAUUACUGGAGACGACGAACACUGAUGGCCCGCCCGAUGAUCAAGGAAGCAUGUAUGGCUUCCUUGUUGUUAGAAAACCCUUAUUAUGGCUGUAGGAAACCCAAAGAUCAAGUAAGGUCAAGCUUGAAAAAUGUGUCUGACCUCUUUGUGAUGGGAGGGGCCCUUGUUCUAGAGUCUGCAGCUCUCUUGCAUUGGCUAGAGAGGGAGGGUUAUGGACCUCUGGGGAUGACUGGAAUAUCCAUGGGAGGACAUAUGGCUUCAUUAGCUGUAACCAACUGGCCUAAACCUUUGCCACUAAUUCCAUGUCUUUCUUGGUCAACUGCUUCUGGAGUCUUUACUACGGGCGUGCUAAGUAAAUCAAUCAAUUGGAGGGAAUUGGAGAAACAAUACUAUACACAGACAGUUUAUGAAGAAGAGAUUUUUCACAUGCUUGAAUAUUGUGGGACAGAUUCUUUUAAAAUGGGACGAGACUUUGUGAAACAUUUCCCUAAAAGUGUGGACAACCUGGCUAAUUUUGAUCUGGCUCCUAGAACUUUGAACCUAGACAUGGGUGAAUCAUUACGCAUGAAAUCUGCUCAGUGUCAUAACACUGGUAAAGCCCCUCUCAGUGCCACAUCAGAAGGCCUUGUGUUGGAAGAUGUCUCUAAGAUUCAGUCCCUAAGUCCAACACUGUCCACCAAGAAGAGCAGUGAUGGCAGCUCUGUAAGUCGAUCAGACCCCCAAUUCAGUGAAGAAAAAAGAAGGAGCAUUCUACAGAAGGAAUCUUUAAUGUUUAUGAAAGGCGUCAUGGACGAAUGUACUCAUGUAGCAAAUUUCUCAGUUCCAGUUGAUCCAAGUCUGAUUAUAGUGGUUCAAGCCAAAGAAGAUGCCUAUAUUCCACGAACAGGAGUUCGAAGCCUUCAAGAAAUUUGGCCUGGAUGUGAAAUUCGAUACCUAGAAGGGGGACAUAUUAGUGCUUAUCUUUUCAAACAAGGACUCUUCAGGCAAGCCAUCUAUGAUGCAUUUGACCGCUUUCUCCGUAAAUAUGCUUGUUGAGCGUAACUGGGAUGAUUACCAUGUCUAAGGUUCUUAUACCAGGCAUUUCCAUCCAGUGUUCUUGUGAGAAGGACAAGCACAUGGCGGCAUCUGGAAACACUAAGCUGGGGCGGCAUCACCGUUUUGAAGAUCUCCCAGCUACGUGUUUUUAAUGUAUCUGAGUCAUGUUUUUAACAGGAAACUUGAUAAAAUGUAAAUGAAUACAGAUAGCUUUCUUUAGUGUUGAUAGAAGUUUAGUUCUAAUUAAAAGAAUUUAUUCAUGGAACAUUCAUUGACAGUAUAAAAAGAACCAAUGAAAUUAAAUUUCUCAAUUUAAUACUCUGGCUUAUAUGGUAUGAAUUUUCAAAAACAUUUGGAUUCAUUCUUUGUUCUAUGUUGAAGUUAGUAACCUUAUUUUUAGGAUUGUCAACUGAACCAUACCUGUGAUUUGUCACAAACAUCUUCAAAUUCCAUAAGAAACUAAUUCAGUUAAUGUUGCUUUAAUAAUCAGAAACUUAUGCCAGUGGUGGAGGGGGAGUCAGAUAAUGUCUUUUCAUGCUUAGAUCUCAACCAAGUGUUGGUUUUUUUCAGGUGUCACCCUGAGAAUAAUAAUGAUUAUUAAACCCUUCCCUAAUCCAGAACUUAGGAAGAUAAUAGAAAUUUGGCACAGUCUGUGUAUUUUAUACCAAAGUGCUAUGUCAUCAGUAUUUUCUUUUCCUGAAUGACCUUUUAGUUAUUGCCAAAUAUUUUUUUAAGAACACCCUCACAUAAAUUUGAGUGGUAUAUAAUUACUGAAAUGUUGUACUUGUUUUCUAUGCCUGUAAUUUAAGCCAAGACCUAUAUUUUCACAUUGUGAUUUUAUUUUGUAAUUUCAACUUUUAAUGGUCCUGUGAGGUUUUGUUUUGUUGACUUCUUUUAUAGAAAAUGCCAAAUUAGGUAAUUUGUAAAGUUCAGAGUUUGAAUUUUAGUAUAGUUUUAUGAUCAGUGUGAUCAAAUUAGUAACUUUUUAAGUUAGAGAAGAAAUGGCUUCUUAAUGUGCAUAGUUUUGGUAGUGGUUUCUUUUUAUACUUAACAAACAUAAAGCUAGAAUAGAGAAACUUCCAAGAAAUAUUGUUUAGUUUCAGGGAUAUUUAAGAAAUGUACCAAUUCCUAGGAUUGACUUUGUUUUGAAAUAUAUAUUGAGCAGUCCUGAGUAUAAAUUAUUUUAAACAGGAGUUCUCAGCCUUGUGAGAAUAUUUGAAUGACUGUGUGCCUUUACAAUUUAAAAAUAUUUUCAUUUUGAAUUCUGCAAAAUGCCAGUAAACAAGUAUCAUAAAAUUACUUGGAAAACUUAAUUACCAGUGAGUUUUUAGAGAGAGAGAAAAAACUGAAGAAGUUUGCCCUACUACAGAGAUGUGUUAAUUGUAGUUUUUCCACAGACAUAUCUUUUGGAGAUAAUGUGAUGCUUACUAUCCAGUGGUUAGCAUUAUUAUCUCAUUUUCAUAUGCAGUGUUAUUCAGUAAUUGAAAUCUUUUGGAAGAUUGGCUUUAGUGAAAUAUGAAUUCAGGGUUUUUUAUUCAGUAGCUUUUAAAAAUAUGUAUUUGUUGGUUGGUAAAAUGAUUGUGCUUCAUUUCCUCAUUUAAUUCACUAAAGAUAUAAAAUUUAUUCCCUAGCCAUUAAAAUUUUUUUUCCUGUGCUCACUUAUUUCUCUGCUAAUGGAUUUUGCAUGAAAAAUAAAAUUGCAGACUUUUAUUAUUUACAUGAAAGGAAGUCUUAACAGAUUUUCCAGGUAAUUAAAUAAUCUCUGGAAAAAAGUUCUUUCCAGGAGCUAUGAACACAUUACUUUUUUAGAGCAGAGUUAAUGGGAUUUUUUUAACUUGAAAAAUAUUAAACUGAAGUUACAAGUGCAGAGAAACCAAUGUUGUUAACCUUUAUGCAUUACUUCACCAAGGAAGUCCUACCUUGUCUUUUUUUGCUACCAUUUUAUGCCAUUUUAUCCUUGUGUGCCAUGAUGAAGAUCAUCUUUGUAAAUAUUAUAGUACUAGAAAUUCACAUUUAGACCUUUGGUAAAGAAAAGGUUUCUAAAUUUCAUGAUUAGUGAAUAGACCAUUUUAAUUUAUACAGUUUUCAGUUAUUUCUUAUUCAUGUAAUUUUACAAUGUGGUGCUUUCUUAUUUGGGGUAUGGAAUUAAUACUGUAACUUUCAAAUUGAUAGGAUUUUCCUAACUUUAUACUGUAUAAUAAAAGCCUAUUUAAAAAUG